AUGGCACUAGUAGUAGCUGGUCCCAUUGUUGGUGCGGUGUUGAGCAGCACCCUGCCGAAGCUCUUAUUGCUGAUAGAAGAAAAACUCAAGAAGAAGGCUGAGCUCAAGGAUCAAGUAGAAUCCAUGGAAAGGCAGCUUCGCUCUAUCAAAGCUUGCAUCCGGGAUCAUAACAAGCCGAAUCACAGUAAUAUCACUGAGUUGCAGAUAGACUGGAUCAGAAGUCUCAGGUGCUUGGCAUAUGACAUGGAAGACUGCAUCGAGAGCUUCAAUGAUGCCAAGACGGUAAGCCGUAAGAAGCUCCAAGAAAAGAUCCGUCAACUCAAGGAUGCAGUCAAGGAGACAAACGAUUUGUACCAAAGUAUGCCUAAAGCACCAGACCAGCCGCAGCCACAAGACGGCGCUUCAAGCUCCAAUACAAGAGCCCAGCCCUCCUGCAAUCCGCAAAGAAGAGAGCAAGAUCAGGGCAUUCCUCUGGUUGACCUCGUGGGCAAGGAGGAAAACAUCCGUGAGCUACUGGAUCUCAUGCGGAUAUCCCAGAGCCCAUUGGAGAUGAAGCUCAAGGUGAUCGUGAUCUCAAUUGUGGGCUUCCCUGGCAUAGGGAAAACUCUUCUCGCCAACCAAGUGUACGAUAAGAUGGUUUACUACAGUCAAUCUCGGCCGAAUAACAGUUUCUCUCGUCAGGUUUUGAUUGACGCAAGGACCACCAAGGAGAAGCAAGUGGUUCUCGAAGCGAUACUCCAAAAAUUACUCAAACAAGGGGUCCAACAAGAUGGAAUGGGUACGAGAGCCUCCAACAAAGGUCGUCAACAUCCAGCCGAGAGAGGGGUCCAUGCCGAUCCAAGUUCUUCCAACCUGGACCAACAGUACAUGAAUGGCAUACAGGAACGUCUCAGUUCUUGCAUAGGAACCCACAGAUACUUGAUCGUGGUUGACAAUGUGCAGUCGGAAGAGGUUGGCAGAUAUAUAACAUCAGCCUUUCCGGAAAACGGAACGGGCAGCAGAAUCAUCAUAACUAUGACUGUAGAUCCGGGCUCGGGUGAGGAAAGAUGCUGUUCUGCUGCUGGUCACGUGUCCAAGAUGAGGCCACUUAAAGCUGAAGAGUCAGUGAACACGUUUCUGAAAGAAGCUGUCGAGGGACAGGGACGACAACCUCAGAUUGCAGUUGAGAAUGAGGCAAUGCCAUCACCGACCAUCCAAAAGAUAUGUGACGGCGUACCACUUGCCCUUGUUAACAUAUCUGAAGUUCGGCAAGGAGAAUUAAUGCAGUUUCAUGUUGAUGAAGCGUGGAGACAGCUCGGUGAAGUGGAAGAAGCGAGACGCUGGCUAAGUAGGAUGAUGUUGCAUGUGCUUCCCCAUUGCUACAACAGUCUAAAUACGCAUCUCCAGGCCUGCUUGCUAUAUUUUGCCAUGUUCCCACGUGGCCGCACCGUCAGGCGGGGAUCUCUAAUAAGGCGAUGGCAGGCUGAAGGAAAAGAACUCGGAUGCACCACAACUGCCCAAGGAACUGAAAACUUGCAGGCCCUCAUCAAACGAAAUUUCGUUUGGCCUGUCCAGGUGAGCAUGAAUAAUCGAGAUGCUGAACCAGAAGUGAAGACAUGCCAGUCUCCUGGAAUGAUGCUCGACUACAUCAUAAGCAAGUCCAAGUCGGAGGAGUUCAUCAUGCUUUCAUGUGAUGAACGGGAGACAAGAGACAUGCGCCGGCUUUCUCUCCACACUGGUGUUCCAUCAUCAGAUGGAGGAGGAGAACUCGGGGUGUUGCGUGACAAGCGCAUGUCUCGUCUCCGGACUCUGGCGAUAUUCCGUGCAAACGAGCAAACCAGGCGUCUCAGUUUCGAGAAUUGCGAGGUGCUCCGUGUGCUGGAUCUCGAGGCAUGCCAUGGCCUGUCUGAAGAUCAGCUCAAAGAAAUUUGCAAAUUUUUGGAGUUGCUCAAGUAUCUGAGUCUCCCGGGUAGCAUAACACAAGUCCCGAGUCAUAUAGCGAAGCUGAAGCUAUUAGAGACCCUCAACCUAGGUAAAGAGACGGUGGUCACCGUGCCUGUUGAUGUCCUCUGGCUGCCCUACCUGAAACAUCUCCUUGGCAAAUGUGAGCUCUGUGCCGAUUACAGCUCCAACAAGAAGCUCAUAAAGUUCCUGUCUGGAACUGGAAGAAACAGGGAUGAAUACAGUAAGCUGGAGACGCUAGCGGGAUUUGCUAUUGGGAAGAGAAAAGGAUUUCCACAACUGGUGCGUCAUAUGGUCCAGCUGGGGAAGGUGAAGGUAUGGUUCGAUUCUGGUGCAGAUUUCAGUAGUUUUGCUGCCCAUCUUGCGGAAGGGAUUAAGGAAUUCUGUCGUCGCGCAUCAACGGACGCGAAUGAUGGCGUCGGUAGUGCCUCCCUGAAAAUUGAUUUACAGCACCGGUCGGCAAAUCUGCUGGAUUCUCUGGGUGUGACUGGCUGCAAGCUUUUCUACCUCAAGGUCAACUGCUGUGAUGCGAUGAAACUGAGACGACUACCUGCAUUCAUUGCCAAUCAGGACGUUAUUACAAAGCUGUGCCUGUCAUGGAUUACUCUCGACGGGAGUCAAAUUCUAGCCACUCUGGGUAGUUUACAGGGGUUAAAAUACCUGAAACUUGUUGCAGAUAACAUUGAAGGUUCCAUCGUCGACCGAGGAGUUGGGCAGAUCCAAAGGGAGGUCGUCAUAAAACAUGAGGGUGAAAACUCUAGAAGAAUACGUGAGACUCAAUUUCAGAGUCUGCAGCGGAUGUGCCUUGUGGCCCGUAGAAAGCUGGAUCGGAUAAAUAUCGAGCGUGAGGCUCUGUCGAAGCUUGUGUCAUUUCACCUCAUCUACAAGGAUCUCGAUGUUCCUUCGGCCGACCAAAUCUCAGGCCUCAGGACUCUCAAGGAACUGGCACUCCAUCCAGAAGUCAAAUCCGAAACAAAAGGUGCUUGGCGCAAAGCAGCACUAGCCCUCCCUAUGAAGCCCCAAGUUCUGUUCAGCGAGACUAAAGACAGGAUCAGGUGGUGGCUUACCGUCGUGGCCAUCAUCAUCUUCGUAGCCAUCCUCGUUACCGGUAUUGUGCUAGCUGCAAUCUUAAUACCCAUUGCUAGAAACCCGCAGCUUACAGCCAAAGUGGAGGACUCCCGUCUCAAUACCUUCGAGUUCCACAACAGGCGGGGCGAUGAGGCGACGAUGAUGGCGUCCAUCUUCAGGUACAACGUCUCCGUCGCCCUUGCCAUUGGCAACCCUAAAGCAGUGCUGAGCAUCAGGCAUAGGAAGCCCCUUGUAGCUACCUUUCUUUUCCACGACCGGCGACUGAAUAACGUCACUGUGGUGGAUGAGGGGCACAAGAACCGGCCAAAAAAGACGGAGUUGCACCUCCUACGUAUAGAAGGGGAGGUCUCGUUCAAUGUCCUUGGCGUUGCGGCAGCCGAAGAGCUCAAGAAGCAGCAGGCGGCAGGGCUUUUUAAGGUGGAACUGCGCCUCUCUGUGGACAUAAGUGUUCUCAGGGAGCAUAAAUUUAGCUUGAGCUGCCCGUUGAGGCUGCAGCUUGCGCCGCCGGGCCCUGAGGUCGUCUUGUUCCAUGCUGUCAACUGCAUCCUCGAUACACAGGAUAAGUUCUACUUCUGA